GAGCGCGCGACGCAACAGCACGCGCGCACUCACGCUCGCGUUUACCGCCCGAAACGAUCGCGACGCCGGGAAAUGUUAAAUAAUUACACGAAACUAGAUAUUAGCCGGAUCGGAGGCUCGUGUACGUGUUACGGCUGUGUGUAGUGCAUGAGGUGAGGGUGCGGGUGAUGAGACGCUAGGGGCGGCCGGCGACGACAUGGGCAACUCCUGCAGCUCGGGGCAGGCUCACAAGGACAAGGAUAAUGUAUCACAACAUUCUGAGGAGUCACCGUCGUACCGGGUCACGAAGCCCUCCAUCGAUGCUAGUGCCGAUCCCGCGGCGUUGCCUGCACACCAUCUGCUCGAGCCCUCGUCAUCUGUCAAGGAGAACAGGCCGCAGUUGAAAGGACCUAGACCUAUUGGGUCUAGUGUUUCGGACUCGAUAUCCCUCUCAUCGCCGGUAGCAUGCACGUCUCCGCGGGAAGACCCCCUGGGGCCUCCAAUGCCCAGCAACGUGGCGGCCUUGCCCGAGGAGCACCGCUGCUGCCUGCUGGGCAAAGUGCCCGGGCUACGGGUGAGGCGGCGCCGGGCUAUGCUCAUAUACGUCUGCGCUGCGGAUUCACAAGACUGCUGCGCGGAAAAAGGCGCACUACAAUGCGGUGCGGCAGCUCGGCUCCGCGUGCGCGCGCGGAGACGCGGCUGGCGCGUGCACGUGGCAGACUUGCACUGGCGCUCCCCGCUGGAACAGCAGAGGGACCAUCGCUUCCCCGUGCUCUGUAUUGCUGAGCUGGCUCGUCAAUCAGAGCUAGGGGCAGUGGUCCCGGUGCUAUUCCUGAACUCAGGACUGGGAACACCGCUGCUGCCUCACACGUUGGAGUGCGCAGACUUCAAGGCGGCACUAGAAACUGCUGAGGAUGAGAGCGAUAAGGCACUGCUGAAUAAAUGGUACACUCUAGACGCAAGCACGACGCCGCCCUGCUACCGGCUGGUCCGGGGGGCGCCGGCGCGCUGGCGCCGCGAGAUGGCCAAGACCCUCAACGUGCUGGUCCGUACCCUCCCACAGGAGGCCUGCGACGCGUACCUCACUACUGUGGUCGAACAGCGCGAGAUGGCCAAGACCCUCAACGUGCUGGUCCGCACCCUCCCACAGGAGGCCUGCGACGCGUACCUCACUACUGUGGUCGAACAGCGCGAGAUGGCCAAGACCCUCAACGUGCUGGUCCGCACCCUCCUACAGGAGGCCUGCGACGCGUACCUCACUACUGUGGUCGAACAGCGCGAGAUGGCCAAGACCCUCAACGUGCUGGUCCGCACCCUCCUACAGGAGGCCUGCGACGCGUACCUCACUACUGUGGUCGAACAGGAGGUUCAACACACAGUGCUGAUGAGUGUGGAGGCAGCUCGGCGCUGCGUGUGGGUAUGCCGCGCGGGAGGCACGGGCGGGGCUGUGGGCGCCGCCCCCGGGGCUGCAUCACCACAGUCCGAGCCGGGGGACAUCGCCGAUACGGCACACCACCACGAGCUGCAGAGGAGGCUCAAUAACUUGCAGAAGGAUCUUAAGCAACAUCUAAGCGAGCGCAACGUGAUCCGCGCCAGCGUGCGAGGCCGCGGCAUGCCGGGCGGCGAGGACGAGUACACCGAGGGCGUCAGCUCCGCGCUCGGCGACCGCCUCGACGCGCUGCUCGACGCGCUGCUGGCCGACAACCUCGUGCCCGCAGGGUACAACGGCAUACCCACCAGGUAUGUGAUGAUGUGGGGGUCAUGCGAGGACGAGUACACCGAGGGCGUCAGCUCCGCGCUCGGCGACCGCCUCGACGCGCUGCUCGACGCGCUGCUGGCCGACAACCUCGUGCCCGCAGGGUACAACGGCAUACCCACCAGGUAUGUGAUGAUGUGGGGGUCAUGCGAGGACGAGUACACCGAGGGCGUCAGCUCCGCGCUCGGCGACCGCCUCGACGCGCUGCUCGACGCGCUGCUGGCCGACAACCUCGUGCCCGCAGGGUACAACGGCAUACCCACCAGGUAUGUGAUGAUGUGGGGGUCAUGCGAGGACGAGUACACCGAGGGCGUCAGCUCCGCGCUCGGCGACCGCCUCGACGCGCUGCUCGACGCGCUGCUGGCCGACAACCUCGUGCCCGCAGGGUACAACGGCAUACCCACCAGGUAUGUGAUGAUGUGGGGGUCAUGCGAGGACGAGUACACCGAGGGCGUCAGCUCCGCGCUCGGCGACCGCCUCGACGCGCUGCUCGACGCGCUGCUGGCCGACAACCUCGUGCCCGCAGGGUACAACGGCAUACCCACCAGGUAUGUGAUGAUGUGGGGGUCAUGCGAGGACGAGUACACCGAGGGCGUCAGCUCCGCGCUCGGCGACCGCCUCGACGCGCUGCUCGACGCGCUGCUGGCCGACAACCUCGUGCCCGCAGGGUACAACGGCAUACCCACCAGGUAUGUGAUGAUGUGGGGGUCAUGCGAGGACGAGUACACCGAGGGCGUCAGCUCCGCGCUCGGCGACCGCCUCGACGCGCUGCUCGACGCGCUGCUGGCCGACAACCUCGUGCCCGCAGGGUACAACGGCAUACCCACCAGGUAUGUGAUGAUGUGGGGGUCAUGCGAGGACGAGUACACCGAGGGCGUCAGCUCCGCGCUCGGCGACCGCCUCGACGCGCUGCUCGACGCGCUGCUGGCCGACAACCUCGUGCCCGCAGGGUACAACGGCAUACCCACCAGUUUGUUCGACGAGGUGAACGAACACCUGGCGUUCUGUCAGAAGGCGGCGCAGUGUACCUCCAACAGGGAGAUCACUCUCAACGAGCUCAAAACCUACAUAACAGGCGACAGCACGGUGCCGCUGGCGCUGAUCGGCGGCGCGGGCUGCGGCAAGGCGACGCUCGUGGCUCGCGCCGUCACCCUCGCGCACUCCUGCCAGCCCGACCUCGCUGUUGUCGUCAGGUUCGUGGGUCUGACGCCGCAGUCGAGCAGUUCCCACAUGCUGCUCAAGUCCAUCGUGGAUCAGUGUCACGUGCUCAUGACUGGGACCGUCUAUAGGGGACGAAAUGACGUGUACUCCCUGUCGGGCGCGCUGGUGGGGCUGCUGGCGGGGCUGGGGCGCGGGCGCGGCGCGCUGCUGUGCGUGGUGGGCGCCGACGCGCUGCGGGCCGCGCGCUGGCUGCCCGAGCGACUGCCCACCAACGUCAAGAUGAUCGUCACUGUCACUGAGGAAAAAGACGAGCCCUCAAGUUCAGCAAUAAUGGCGGUCCUAUCAUCGGAGGACGGGCCCAAAGUGGUUCGGGCCCCACCGGUUGGCCCCGACGAGGCUAAGGCAGUCCUCACCGCUUGUGCUGCGACAUAUAGUAAGACUGGUGCCGCGUCACCGCCCGAAGCCGCUGUGAAGGCUGUGCAGAAAUGUACUUUGCCCCUUUAUGCUAAGAUCCUAGCCUGGCAAAUAUCUCUAUCAGCGGAAACCUUCACGGAACUCUCCGAACCAGACACGACUCCUGAACUGGUAAUCUGUGAAGACUUAGAAGACCAGCUGGCUCAGAUCCUCAUCACGACGGAAGCAGCUCUGGGUGCUGAGCGCGUGAAGACUUGUCUGUCACUGCUGACGGCUUCGAGAAGGGGGCUGGAUGAUACUGAGAUACUGGAUAUUUUGGCACAUGAUGAGCUGUUCAGGAGUGAGGAGACUUAUUUGCCGUGGGCCCCCGCGUCGCUGGCGUGGCCGCAGCUGGCGGCGCUGCUGGCGCCGUGGCUGCGCUGGGACGCGCGCGGCGCGGCGCGGUGGCGCGACGCGGCGCUGGCGAGCGCGGCGUCCGACAGGUACCUCGCUGACUGCGAUACUCAAGUCCGACAGACGCUUAUUGAUUAUUAUGAGGGUAAAUGGUAUGCAGAAAACGAUCCGAAGAUGGCUGGCCGUCUGAUAUCGCAAGAAAAUAAGUUUUCUGAUGAAUACUACAACACAAGAAAACUAGACGAGCUCCCGUUCCAACACUACCACAUUUACAAAGAUGACCCAAAGACCUUCGCCAACCAACUCUACUUCACCCAACUGGACUGGGUUCACGACAAGCUAGCUGCUACCGACUGCUGUCACUUCCUCGAAGACAUAGCCCUCGUCCACAUAGACCCUUUACCAGAACACAUUGAGAUCUUAAAAGACGUCUUCGAAACUCACUCUUACGCUUUAGAUUAUGACCAUCGACAAUUCUAUGGGCUAUUACGAAUGACGAUGGAGAAGAGACAACGCAAUGGAUGUCAGGUUAAGAGUAAAAUUGUUCAGGAUUGGAUGAAGGAGAUAAGAGAUCCUCCUGUGCCUACAUUGUACCCUGAGAAUCCUGAUUUCUAUAAGAUUAUGGAGUGUAAGGAAAAGAGGGAGUUCUCAAUGAAUGAGGGUUUCGAUUCGAAAAUGUUUGAUUUAAUUGUGAGGUUCGAUAGUAGGGGGAAGUUUGUGGCGACUGUUUCUACUGAGAGGGAGGAGAUUUGCGUUUGGGAUGUACUGAAAUGUAAACUAGUCAGGAAGAUGGUGGGUGUGACGCACCCCAUUAACUUAGUGCCAAUCGACGAGUACAAGUGCGUGGUGUUAUGUCGCAGGGAGCUUAGAGUAUACAACUUGGACCAGGGUACGUUCCUGGUGGCACUGAAGGGUGUGAUGAACCAAAAGAUGCCGUACUACGGGCUGCAUGAUCCGAAGCAUCUGGUCGCACUGUCACGCAACAGGAUGUAUGUCAACCUCAUGAAUAUUGAGACUGGUGACUGUGUGACGACAUUUAAGGCUGGAGAGGACAGGUUCCUCAACUCUCUACUGGUUUCGGGUGAUGGAAGAGUGUUAGUAUGUGGCGACGAGACUCAGAAGCCGUUCCCUCUGCUCGUGUGGUCUCUGACGUCACGCAAGCUGCUGUACGACUUGAGGAUACCGCAUCAUGACUUCGUCACGUCUAAAGCGGCUAUCACUUAUGAAGGUUCCUACGUAUGCGUAGUAUCCAGAGAGCUAGAUGAGCCGAGUCCGAACUUCAUAGUGGUGUACGACCUGCAGUCAGGCACGCUGUUCAAGAAGUGGAAGCCAGGCUGCGACACCGCGGCGCUCGCCAUCAGCUCUGUCGACGGCUGCGUGGUCUCGGGGCUCGCUGAUACUAGGAUAUUGGUCUGGGAUCUUGUUACAGGUAACUGCCGCCUAACUCUCCGAGGCCACGUGGCGGCGCCGUCGCUGCUCCGGCUCGCCAAGUCGGGCGGCGUGCUCAUGUCCACUGAUGACACCUGCAAGGACCUGUCUGUCAGGCUCUGGGACUUGCAUACUGGAAAACUCAUAGCAGUAUACACGCCACCAGAAAGAAUAACCUCUUGCGAGGUACUCCUAGGAGGUUCAGUCCUAGCACUGGCCCUAGAGAACUACAAAGAAGUUCUAUGCGUCAAACUCCACGGACCCGCCGUAGAGUCCGUGCAAAACGGCAAAGACUCAGAAUUUGACGACCGGGAUUACGGAGACGAGAGUCUGGAAGGAAGAACCUUCGAGAUUAAGGGUCUAGAAAACUCAUAGCAGGUCUAGUAAUGGUGAAGAAGGAUUUGAUUGUCAGCCACAGUUUUUUUAUUUUGUAUCUUUGUUUGUUUUUGGCGUCCAAUGUAAAAUGGCGAUGGUUUUGAAAGAUUUUAAGGAGGUUAGGGUCUUGUUUUAACAAAGGUCAGGCUUAUCUUGUAGAUGAAUUAGUUCUUUGGAAUAUCUUGCAGAUGUAUGAACUAGCUCCGUUUACCUGUAGACAUAUUUGCAGGGAAAUAUAUAAAAUGCGGAUUAUAAUGGAACAAUCUAUGCUAUGCUAAGUUUACUUUGAAUGAGCUUCAAUCAAAGCAAACCAUCGCUAAUUUUGCAUUGGGCACGUACAUUCACAUCGCACAAUAGUAAAUUCAAUAAUAGACUAAUUGGAGUUAUACCAAAUCUAUAGAAAGCAUACAAAUGACUCAUAUUAUGUAAACCAUGAUCAAUUUUAUCUGACAAUUAUUUGUCUUUAUUUGAAAGAAAAAAAUAAGAGACUUCAAAAAUAAUUUUGGGUCACAAUAAAAAAAGCAAGCAAUCACAGUGGCUUAGUAUCGCCGAGGUGACGAAAAAAAAGAAAUUAAUAAAAAAAACAUUAAUGUUUUGAUCUAUUACGCUUAUUAAUAAUUACAUUAUUAAAUUAAAUAAAUUGUAUUUAGUGAAUUCUUUAUCGGUAAUGUUGAUGUUUAGAUGUAAUUUUGUGAAAAUAGUUUAAGGUUAUUCGUAAGUCUAUUUCAUUUUUCGACUACCUUUUAUUCGUACCCUAUAUUUUGUCUGUAGCUUUUAUUCUGUAUUUUUAUCCUCUUGGAAAAGGCCAAUUAAUUAAUAAAGGAGGUCGUUUAAGA